GCCUCAGUGUGGUGCGGAGGGAGAAUAGCGGGUAGAAAGAGAGGGAGCGAGGAUGGGACACCAGGAUGGGCUGAAUAAGCCGUUUGUUCGUCCCUCCGCUGUCCCUCCUGGUCUCGUCCAGGGUAGUCUCCUUUCAUAAGCGCCACGGACGCCCGUGCCUCAGCAUCGCCUUUCACUGCUGACUCGGCGAAGUGGGCGCGUGCCGGCCAGCGAUUAUGCAGGGACUGGGGAAGACGGAGAGAGGGGAGCAGGGCCGGGACAUGGACCUGACGUCGCUGAGGUCCACCAUGCCGGCCGGAGGCCCUCUGCAGGUCAGUGCACCCCUAAGAGACAGCGCCAGGCAGGGAGGUUCCGCCUCCAACCUGAACAUGAACCUGUACGCGACUAAGAAGACGGCCGCUGAGGGCAUGUUGGACAUCGCCCUGUUCCUGGCAAACAUCACACACAUGAAGACUGUCAUAGAACAGGGAGCUGGAUACAGGUACUACGUUGCUGUCCUGACACUCAUUUCCUUCUCCCUGGCUCUUCAGAUAGUGGCUGGAGUCCUCAUCAUCAUCAUCGCUCGUUUCGAGAUGACCCACCUCCCCUCUUGUCGCCGGUGGUUAAACUUCCUGAACAAUCUGAUCACCGGCCUCGUGGUCCUCACCCUCGUCGUCAACAUCAUCAAGGCAGCGUUCGGCACACAGCGCAGCUGCUUGCUGGGAUGGCUGUUCCAGCGCUUCGUUCUCUGACACACACACUGACUCACGUUAACGUCGUACAAAGAAAUUCUCGGCUCUCCACCAAGUGGCAUCAAGUUUAUGAGCAUGAGCAUCAUGACAAUUCCCGUCUUAUCUCUUGAGCUAGAAACGACUUGAUCAGCAGUUACUGACAUGAACUAAUGAGCGAAGGCGUCAUCUUUAUAAACCAGCUUUGUUUCCUUACGUGUCAAACUAAGGGACACUUGACUGGACUGUGUGAGUGUGUGUAAAUGCAUCAGCUGCCUGUAUGGGAGUGAGUGUGUGUGUGAGUGAGUGUGUGUGUGUCUGGAAAGUUUGAAAUAUGUGUUUGUGUGUCUGUGUGUGUGUGUGUGUGUUGCAGCCCGUCGGGACCUGAAUGUGGUGUCCAAUCAGAAACGCCUUGACUACCUGAACAACAUGGCGACGGGCGUCAUCUUCGUCACCACGGUGAUAAACUUCUUCAUCAGCUUCUUUGGAUCCAAGAGGACGGGCUUCUUCCGCUGG